GUAAACAAGGUUGGUGCUUGGAGAGGGAGGUCUUCGCGAUACGACACCGCGCGCAUCCCAUCCUACACUUCGUAGUCUUUAAAAACACAUGGUUUUACUUCAGAUCUGUCAAAGCACAACGUGUUUUAUACGAAUGAGCACGAGCACUUGCCACAAUUAAACAGUGUAUCGAAGAAGCAACUUAAAGGUGCUUCUCUCUGAGGAAAGUCCACGCACGGCACGCACUUUCCGCAAAUUUAUUUUUUUUGGCAAAAAAGGAUUUUAAGUGAAGACGAAAAAUCAGUGUGAAAAAAUGAAGUUUUUAGUAAUAUCGUGUUUAGUUGUAAUAGCAACGGCAGUUGUUGCGGAGGAGAAUCAACCAUCAGUGUUUCAGGAAUGCUUCGACAAGGAUUCCAUUUCCUGUGUACAAAUGGCGGUUUUCCGGAAGGCCAAGGAAUUUUUCGAUCAGCCAAAAAUUGAUUUGGUCGCCGGAUUGUCGGUUGUGCAAGUGGACAAAGUCGCGAGGUCCGUGGAUACGGCUUCUGAUGAAGUAGAAGCCGCCAAGGAUGUUGAAGCGCGAUCAAGUGCAAUUGGAUCAUUUGUUGUGGAUCGCCUGGGAACCUUCUUCCAGGAACGAUCACUCAAUUGGAAUUUCAUGGGUGCUGCAAGGAGUCUCAGCAAUGCCAUUCCUGAUGAUAUGAAGGCACAAGUGCGCUCCUUGGUCGUUGAGGCUCGUGGCAAGAAGAAGCUGAUCAAGAAGUUGCUCCCCCUUCUCGGCAUUAUUAAGCUAAAGGCUGCUGUUUUGGGUAUCUUAGCUCUCCUCGGUAUUGGUUUGAUUGCCAAGAAGGCUCUGCUCGUCUCCACGCUCUCCAUCAUCAUCUCCUUGGGCAUUCUCCUCAAGAAAAUCCUUUCGAAGAAACUCUCGCUCAUCGGUGGACUGGGAGGCGGAUUGGGUGGUGGACUUGGUGGAUUCGGCGGCGGUGGUGGCCACGACUACCACGGUGGUGGCGGAUGGUCAUCCGGUGGUGGUGGCGGCUGGAGCUCAUACGAGCCACACUCCUUCGGUGGCGGCGACUUGGCCGGUCAUGGAUCCUCACUUUCUCACUCCCUCGCCUACGGCGGACACCACAAAGCCUAGAAAUGUCUCAUUGUUUUACACCUAAAGCCCACAUAAGUAAUUUAUUUAUUUAUUUAUUAACGAAUAAUUGCAUUAAACCUCGACAAAAUGCCAACAAUACGAAAGAGAGAAACAAGAAGGAGGCCCGUGUAGAUUUUAGUGCAAAAGAAAGUGGGACCAACAGAUAGGGGGUGUCAGUGACGCAAAUCCAAAAAAGAAAAGAAAAGUAAAGAAAUGAAGAUAGAGUGUCUUGCAUCCAACCCGUGUUAACACUAUUUAUUUUUUAUUCGAUUAAGUACAGUUGAAAAACUCUUUGUAUAUAAAUAACUAGUCUCAUAAUUUACAAGCAAUUAUUUAAUAACAAUUAUGUCAUAAUAUUGAAGAAAUGAGAACAAACACUCUUUUUGUAAUUUACAAUGUAAAGUAAAAUGAAAAAAAUCAAUACCUUAUCAAACAUACACAAGUUGAGAAAACAAAAUUUACGAAAAAAAUCCAAAUUGAGAUCAAUGAUGAAGAAUAAUUCCUAAUCUAGUCUAUUACGUUGUUUUUAUAUCUUAAUCUUAAUUCUUCCUAUCAUCUUUAUUUUUAUUCUCUCCUCUAGUCUAACUCUCACUUUGUAUGUUUAUUUUUCUCUAUUUCUUUUUACUAUUUUUUUUUCAACAAUUAAUCGUACAAAAUUGUGCAAUCUCUUAUCAUAUUGUCUUCUACCUCUUAAUAGCUAUUACUUCACAUUUCUUAUGUCUUAACUUCUUAUUUUUUUUACAACUAUACACUUCAUAAUAUUUUCCAAAACAUUGACCUUAAAAUCACAAAAUUGUAUAAUUUUUCUCGAAAUGGAGAAAAAAAAAGAAAGAAUUGUAAAGAAAAUUUUAAUUAAAAGAACAGAAAAUAUGUUUUAUUUUUUUUGGAUAAAUUACAUCUCAUCUGGACGAAUAAAAAAGUUUUUUUUUCUUCAAA